AUGUCAAGCGAAAGCAGCACGAACAACACCAGCUUGGAGUUACCAUGGUCUCCACCAAACGGUGUCUAUGGCAAUUACGACCUUCAUUGUCACUGCGGUGCUGUGCGCUUCCGCAUGAAGCUGUCUCCUCCGCUCUAUACAUCCGAAACUACAAAUGAGCAUCCAGAGCGCUCCAUUUCGGUCAACUGCCAUUGCAGCUACUGCUCCCGGAUCGGCUAUUGGGCACUGUACCCCUUCGCCAAGGACAUCGAAUGGGUGAAGGGCUUGGAGCAUCGACGUGAGUACCGUGCUGGUGCGAAGAAGAACCCAUUCUGGGCUUGUGGGCAGUGUCAUUGUGUUCUGGGAGCGAACCUGAGGAAUUUGAUGCUCAGCUCGGUAUGCCAAACGGGGAAGCGCGAUGUGCUAUCAAUGUAG